AUGAUAAGGGUAAUAUUCUAAACAUUCAGACUUUUCUUUUAUUGCUUCGCUUUUGUUGUCUUUUAUUUUUCGAUAAAGUAUUUGUUGCUUAAUUGCUAAAUAAAUUCACAGAUCACAUUUUAAAAUAGUGUUGGAUUAGCUAUUUAUCAAUUUUCUUUUUGGAUAUUCACCAUAAUCGCUGAAUUAAGGUUUUUACAAUAAUUUACAUCCUUAUCCCUCUUGCUGUAGGAUUUUAUUUAACUAUACUUUAUUUUGGGGAUUAAAUAAACAUAGAUGAUGCUUUCUAAGCAGAUUAAAAUAGUGGUUAAAUAAUAAAAGUAGUAACUAUUAUGGAAUUUUCUAUAAGCGCUAUUCUUCUAUCAAAUUUAGUAUUUACCUAUAGAUAAUUAAAGUCUUUACAAACCCUUGUAGAUAGUUAAUAACCUCUUUUAAAUUGAUAUCAUAUUAAUAUUUAUUUUAAUUAAGAAGACUAUCUUAUAGGAUUAUAGGAGAAAUUAAAGUAUGCAAUAUUUAUUUAUUGUGUUAUGUAAUUUUUUUAGAAUGGUGAAGAAAAAGUAAAAAAUAUAUCUUUGA